AUGUCUCUCCCCUCGGCGCUGCUCCCAGCGCUGCUCCUGGGGCUGUUGUGGCCAGGGGUGAUCCGUGGUCGGUCUCCCUCGACUCGUCUCCCCCUCGGACCCCGACAACGCCGCUGGGAUGCUGCUCUUUUUGCCCGUUCCGUCGCUCGUCUCCCGGCUGAGCGCCGCGAUGCCACCCGCGACGGCGACUACCUCCUGGGCAUCAAACGAUUGCGGCGUCUCUACUGCAAUGUGGGCAUCGGUUUCCACAUCCAAGUCUUGCCCGAUGGGCGCAUCGAUGGGAUUCACAGCGAGA